AUGGCUGCACAGAAAUCACAGGAAAAUUCUAGCUCAACCUUCAGGUUAGGCGCAUCUAAUACAACUGCUGCAACAACAGCGCCAACAACAUGUCAGAAUAUGGCUCAAAACUAUCUGUUAGUUUGGGCAGAUGCAAGUAUCGAUGAAACCAACAAGGACUGUCAAAAUACGUUGACACAGUUACGAGCUGUGGUCAACGAUAUUACUAUGUGCACUCAACCCAACGAAUGUAUCGAAUUUUUCGAUAAACUCAAGGACGAAACAAGUUUCCUCAUCACAUCGGGGUCCUUAGGGCAACAUUUAGUUCCUGAAAUUCAUGGCAUGCCAAAAUUAGAUGCCAUUUACAUAUUUUGUGACAAUAUAUCUUAUCAUCAACAAUGGACUGAGAAUUGGAAAAAGAUCAAGGGUAUUUAUAACAAUAUCAAGGACAUCUGUGACGCUUUAAAGGGAGGUGUCAAACAAGUCAAUCAAGAUUCAAUUUCUGUUAGCUUUGUCGCAGCGAAUGACGAUGUAUCCGCUGAAAACCUGAACCAAUUGGAACCCAGUUAUAUGUACACACAAAUAUUCAAGGAAAUUCUCCUUGGAAUGGAGCAUGACCACAAACAAGCGAUCAAUACCUUAACCAUGUACUGGAGUAAUCUGUAUUCGAACAACAUGAUUCAACUGAAUAUUAUUGAUGAAUUUAAACGUAAUUAUCAUCCAGAAAAGGCAAUUUUGUGGUAUACACGUGAGUACUUUACCUAUCAAAUGCUCAAUCAAGCACUUCGAACAUUAGAUGCCAAUAUAAUUAUUAACAUGGGAUUUUUUAUUCGUGAUCUUCAUCAACAAAUUAAUCAACUAUAUGAGCAACAACUUCCAAACUAUCAGGAUAAGCCUUUUGUAGUUUACCGAGGACAAGGUUUGAAAAAAACUGAUUUCGACAAACUCAAAAACACAAACGGUGGUCUCAUGUCUUUUAACAACUUUUUAUCCACCAGCAAUGAUCGAGGUAUUUCCUUCAUGUACGCCGACAGUGCUUCAGGACAUGCUGACAUGGUGGGAAUACUUUUUACGAUGACCAUUGAUCCUCGUGUUUCAUCAACACCAUUUGCCUCUGUUAAGCAGUUUAGCCGUUUCGAGGAAGAAGACGAAAUACUCUUCUCCAUGCACGCCGUGUUCCGAAUAGGUGCAAUUAAACAAAUGGGCAAUAAUGAUCAACUUUAUCAGGUGGAACUUCAACUAACUGCUGAUGAUGACGAACAACUUCACCGACUUACUGAAUGUAUAAGCAAAGAGGUUAUGAGUGCCACAGGAUGGAAACGAUUAAGUGUAUUAUUAGUCAAAACAGGUCAUUUCGAUAAGGCUGAGGAACUAUACAAAGUACUACUUGAACAACCAUCGAGUGAGAGUGAUAAAGCACUAUAUUAUAACAAUCUUGGAUGUAUCAAAAAUGAUCAAGGUGAUUAUAAACAGGCUAUUGAGUACUACGAAAAAGCACUUGGAGUUUGUGAAAAAACUCUUCCUGCAAAUCUUCGCUCGUUGGCUACUUCGUACAGCAACAUGGGUGGUGUGUAUGGUUAUAUCGGAGAGUACUCGAAAGCACUUUCGUUUUACGAAAAAGCACUGGAAAUUCGAGAAAAAAUCCUCCCUGCAAAUCAUCCUGAGUCAGGUGCUUUCCACAAUAACAUUGGUUUGGUGUAUUAUAACAUGGGAGAGUACUUGAAAGCACUUUCAUUUUACGAAAAAGCACUUGGAAUCUACAAGGAAAAUCUUCCUGAAAAUCAUCCCGCGUUGUCUAGUUCCUACAACAACAUUGGUAGUGUAUAUGAUAACGUGGGAGAGUACUCGAAAGCACUCUCAUUUUACGAAAAAGCACUUGGAAUUCGAGAAAAAACUCUUCCUGCAAAUCACCCUGACUUGGCUACUUCUUACAAUAACAUUGGCAGUGUGUAUAAUAACGUAGGAGAGUACUCAGAAGCACUUUUGUUUUACGAAAAAGCACUUGAAAUCUAUCAAAAAACUUUUCCCUCAGAUCAUCCUUUGGUGGCUAGUUCCUACAACAACAUUGGUAAUGUGCAUGUUCACAUGGGAGAGUACUCGCAAGCACUUUCAUUUUACGAAAAAGUACUUGGAAUUCAAGAAAAAACUCUUCCUACAAAUCAUCCCAAGUUAGCUACUUCCUACAACAACAUUGGUCAUACAUAUGAUAAGAUCGGAGAGUACUCGAAAUCACUUACAUUUCACGAAAAGGCACUUGGAAUUCGAGAAAAAAUUCUUCCUUCAAAUCAUCCUGAUUUCUCGCAGUCAUAUACUAACCUCGGUGGUCUACAUUAUCACAUGAAAGAAUAUUCAAAAGCACUCUUAUAUUUUGAACGCGCUUUGGAAAUUGAACAACGUUCAUUGCCUGCUAAUCACUCCGAUAUAGAAAAGGUGAAAAAGAGUAUUGAAAUUGUAAAAAAGAAAUUCUAA